AAAAGAACCGUUUUGGACACGGCCACAACCUCGCCAUGGCCGCCCCACUGGCCAUGCGGGUGGCGACCAUGCCGACAGUGCCGGCGGUGCCCGAGGCGCCGUUCCGCUACUUGCCUGCGGAGAGGCGAGUGGGACCCGCCGCAGGUCAAUUCACGGCGAAGGAGAGGCCGGAUCAGCGCCAGGAGCCGCUGAGCUUGCGCCGGGAGGCCAACAGCGUGGCGCUGAGCGGCGACGGCAAGCGCGCGGCCGUGGGCCUGCAGGACCACACGCUGCAGAUCUGGGACUUGGACUCCCGGAUGCUGCUGCACGUGCUGCGGGGCCACAAGUACUGGGUGACCGCGGUGGCCUUCUCCCGGGAUGGGGCGUUGCUGGCUUCGGGCAGCGCCGAUAAGUCCAUCAAGGUAUGGCAACCGGCCACAGCCAGCUGCAAGGCCACGCUGCAGGGGCACCUCCUCUCAGUGUCCGCGGUGGCUUUCUCGGCCGACCGGCGGCGCUUGGUCUCAGGGAGCUGGGACAAGAAGGUGUGUAUUUGGGAUGUGGAAACCGCCAGCUGCAUACAGACGCUGCACGGCCAUACGGACUGGGUGCACAGCGUCGCCUGGUCUCCAGGCGGGCACCAGGUCGCGAGUGCCUCCUCGGACCACUCGGUGCGCGUCUGGGACGUGACGGCAGGCGCGGUGGACUCUGUCUUGGUGGGCCACUUGCAAACAGUCAGCUCCGUGUGCUUCGCGGCCAACGGCUUGCUGGCCAGCGGCUCCCUGGACGGCACUGUCCGGUUGUGGAACCUGAAGGAGGGCGUGCUGGUGGCGCGGCUGCGGCAGGAGAGCGACGAGAGCUCCAUCCACUCCGUGGCCUUCUCCGCCGAUGGCGAGCUCAUCGUGGCAGGGUGCGGGGAUAAGAACGUCAAGGUUUGGAACGUGGGGGGCGAGCAGCUGCUGAGCCUAGCAGGCCACGAGGACAUUGUGCAGUCCGUGGCGGUGACGGCAGACGGCCGCGCGCUGUCUUGCAGCCACGACAAAACUCUUCGAGUGUGGCGACUCCCGGGGCGGCCGGUGGUCUACUCCCAGGUUCCGAGAAUGUCGCCAGUCUACAUGCGGCCCAUGGCGCCCAUGGCGCCCCUGGCUCCAAUGGCGCUGACUCCCCCGGUGGCCCCGGUGGCAUCUGCCCCGGUGCCCAUGCUGAGCGCGAGCGCGCGCCAGGCGCCGAGGGACGUCAAGCGCUUUGAAACAGGCGAGGACAAUGUAGCUGCAAGUGCCGUCGAGGAGCCUGCGGCCAAAGUGCCGGAGACGCCGCCCAAGCUGCAGCUGCCCACCUCCCCGGCAGGAGUGCAGCGCAGCCUGGGCUUCAAUGGGCUCGCGGGCGCCCGGCCCAGCCUGCAAGGCAUCCUGCCGACCACCAUGGCAGGCGGCGGGUGCGGGCCGUGUGGGCCCGUGCCCUAUAUGAGCCGGCCGGCGGGAGUGCAGGGCCAGAUGCCCGGCCACGCCUCACCAAUGGCCCCCUGCCAGUCAAUGCUGGUUCAGGGUCCCUUGGACAGCCCGGUCCGGCGGCCCGCCUCGCCCCGGCUGGGCGCCUCCGUGCCGUCCGCGCGGCCGGUGUUGGCCGAGCCCGUGACUCGCUCGGCUGUGAGGCACUGAGUUGCGAGCGCCGGCUUCGCUGGAUCCAUUUUAUACAGCAGCUGAGGGGCGCACCGCGAAAUGAACUUCCUUUUGUAGGGAGCUUUCUUUGAGUUGGUGA